AUGAAGCGGAGAGAAAAGCAGAGCAUUGCUGAGUAUCUGGGGGAGUUUCGAGAGAUCAAGCCAAAGCUGAUGCAGCGGGAGCAGAGGCUGCAAGGUGAGAGCAAGCCUGCGCCGGCAGAGAGUGCAGACGGGGGCCAGGCGUCGGCCUUUGUGGCCAAGCAUAGGCACUUUGGGAGCUCAGGAGGGAGCACGGGCAGCUCACGCGAGCACGCGGGUAGCUCAGACUCGCGGAGUUGUUACGGGUGUGGCGAGACCGGUCACAUUAAGCUGAACUGCAAGUUCAGAAAUGCAGAAUGCGAGAACUGCGGCAAGCGGGGGCACACAAAGGCGGUGUGCAGGCAGCCGGCACGGAGAGCGGAGCGGGCGUAUGCGGUCAAGGAGGGUGCAGACGUGCGCGGAGUGGCGUUCACAGCGUGGCGGGGCGGCGCUGGAGCUCAGACGGAGGUCUGGCUUGUAGAUUCCGGCAGCACGCAGCACAUCACAGGUGAUCGGAGGAAGUUUGUGAGCUACAAGAAGCUCGCACAGCCGGAGGUGAUUGAUGGGAUCGGGGGAGAGCCCCUGACAGCGGUCGGAGUUGGGAUGGUCGAGCUACAGUGCAGGACCCCAAAAGGUGUGGGCACCGUGACAUUGUACGAGGUGAGGCACGUGCCCAAGGCGAGGGCAAACUUGUUUGCUUUAAGACGAGUGACAGACGCGGGGGCGAGGGUGACCACUGAAAGGCGGGUCGCUCAGUUCGAGCUAGGCGGAGUUGUGUGCAUGGAGGCGGAGGAGAAGAACGGCCUUUAG